AAAAAACCCGAAACGCUCUUUUUCUUUAAAAGCUUUCAAACAAAACUUCCAGAACAACAAGAAAAAGAAAAAGGAAAAAAAAAAAACACUGUAAUUUCUUAUAAUCAAUAAGAAAUUUUCUACGCCCGAUUGUAAAUUUUUAGGAUAAUCGUGAUUGUGGAAUUGUAUAGAUACGUUUUGUGUGUGUAAAUUUGGUGUAUAUGAUGAUGAUGGAGACGCCGGAGAGUGGGAGAGCGGUGGCUUUGGAAUUUCCGGCGAGUGAGACGCCGUCGUCUUCGCGUGUGCCGAGGAGGAUUCGGAAGAGGCUUCUUGCCGAGUGUAAGAGUCCUUCCACUGUAGAAGAAAUCGAAGCCAAGCUUCGACAUGCGGAUCUUCGUAGGCAGCAAUUCUAUGAAAGCCUGUCAAGCAAGGCAAGGUCAAAGCCAAGAAGCCCCUCCAGGUCCUCAAAUGAGGAAGAUCUUGGUCAGCGCCUUGAAGCGAAGCUCCAAGCUGCCGAGCAGAAAAGGUUGAGCAUUUUGGCUAAGGCUCAGAUGCGCCUAGCGAAGUUAGAUGAAUUGCGGCAAGCAGCAAAAACUGGGGUAGAAAUGCGUUUUGAGAAGGAACGUGAGAAGCUUGGCACGAAAGUUCAAUCACGGGUUCAACAGGCAGAGGCUAAUAGAAUGCUUAUCUUUGAGGCUUACAGCCAGCGGAGGGCAACCCUAAGAGAGAGAUCAUCACAAUCAUUGUUACGAAGGAUGGCUAGAGAAAAUAAAUAUAAGGAGCUUGUGCGUGCUGCUAUUCAUCAAAAGCGUGCUGCUGCUGAGAAAAAGCGACUGGGGCUGCUUGAAGCAGAGAAGAAGAAAGCUUGUGCUAGGAUUUCGCAAGUUAAGAGAGUUGCUAUGUCAAUCUCUCAUCAGCGUGAGAUUGAGAGGAGGACAAUGAAAGACCAGUUAGAAGACAGACUGCAAAGGGCAAAGAGACAGAGAGCAGAGUACUUGAGGCAGAGAGGAAGAUCACAUAAAUCUGUUCAAGAGAACUAUACCAGGAUGUACAAGCAAGCUGAACUGCUUUCUAGAAAAUUAGCAAGGUGCUGGAGGUGGUUCAUUAGGCAGAGAAAAACUACUUUAAACUUGGCAAAAGCCUUUGAUUCCUUGAAAAUCAAUGAGAAUUCUGUUAAGCGAAUGCCAUUUGAACAACUUGCUCUUCUGAUUGAAUCAGUUACUACCCUUCAAACUGUGAAAGCUUUGCUCGAUCGAAUUGAGAGCCGCAUUAAGGCCGCACGAGCAGUUGGUGCUACUGAUCAUCUGUCCAGUUUGGAUAACAUUGACCAUCUUCUCAAAAGAGUUGCUACUCCGAAGAGGAGGACCACUCCCAGGACCUCAAUGAGAAGCAGAGAGACUAAGAGAGUUGUGUCAGGAAAGGAGGCUGCCAAAAGUCUUACUACAGUAUCAAGGUAUCCUGUCAGAGUAUUUCUUUGUGCAUACAUGAUAUUGGGCCACCCUGAGGCUGUUUUAAGUGGUCAAGGAGAGCGAGAGAUUGCUUUGGCCAAGUCUGCAGAAGCAUUUGUUCGAGAGUUUGAAUUGUUGGUAAAGAUCAUUUUAGAGGGUCCAAUACAGAGUCCGGAUGAGGAGUCUGACUCUACAUUAAGUAAACCUUUGACAUUUAGGUCACAGCUCGCAGCAUUUGAUAAAGCAUGGUGCUCCUACCUUAGUUCUUUCAUGGUGUGGAAGGUUAAGGAUGCUCGGUCAUUGGAAGAGGACUUGGUAAGAGCUGCUUGCCAGCUUGAGCUCUCAAUGAUACAAAAGUGCAAGUUGACUCCAGAAGGAGAUAAGACUGCUCUUACUCAUGAUAUGAAGGCUAUUCAAAGACAGGUUAUGGAAGAUCAAAAACUUUUAAGGGAGAAAGUGCAACAUUUGUGUGGAGAUGCUGGAAUUGAACGAAUGGAAUGUGCACUAUCUGAAACACGGACUAAAUUUUUUCAAUCAGAGGAAGGUGGCAGCCAAACGGGAUCACCAAUUACGCCCUCCCUAUCUUCAAGCACAGAUGGUUCUCCUAGUUCUUUGACUGCUAGAACUGAUAAUGGAACUGAUCUGGCUCAGAUGCCAAACCGUGUUGUCCGCUCUCUGUUUAAGGACGAUGAAGAUAGCACAUCCUCAUCCAAGAAUUCUGUUUCCUCUGUGACUAGCAGCAGCCAUUUAAACACUCAGUUAGCAUCUUCUAUUGAAAAGCAGCCAGUCUCUGAGAAUGAAUUGAUUGUAAAUGAAUUUCUUCAUGAAAAGCGUGGUUUUGUUGAUAGCAUCAGUGGCAUCGAGGAAGAUCAAAAUGGCAUAAAGGCAAAGAUAAGAGAAACAAUGGAGAAGGCUUUCUGGGACGGGAUCAUGGAAUCUAUGAGUCAGGAUAAGCCCAAUUAUGACAGAGUUCUUGAGCUUGUGAAGGAAGUCAGGGAUGAAAUUUGUGAAAUGGCUCCUAAGAGUUGGAGAGAAGAAAUAAUCGAUGCUAUUGAUCUAGAAAUUCUCUCCCAGGUGCUGAAGUCAGGCAACCUGGACAUUGACUAUCUUGGAAGGAUUAUGGGGUUUGCAUUGACCACUUUGCAGAAGCUCUCCUCUCCAGCCAAUGAUGAUGAAAUGAAAGCUGCUAACCAGAGGUUAUUGAAAGAGUUAACUGAGAUAUGUGAAGCCAAGGAGAAGCCGGAUCAUUCUCCUGCCCUUGCAAUGAUAAAGGGUCUACGUUUUGUCCUUGAGCAGAUUCAGGAUCUUAAGCAAGAGAUCAGCAAAGCUCGUAUAAGGAUGAUGGAGCCAUUGCUGAAGGGACCUGCAGGUUUGGAUUACCUUCGGAAAGCAUUUCAGAACCGUUAUGGGUCUCCUUCCAAUGCUGGGUCUUCUUUACCAUUGACAAUGCGGUGGCUUUCGUCUGCUUGGAACUGUAAAGAUCAAGAAUGGGGAGAACACCAAAAUUCUGUGUCAACUUUGAAGGCCCUGGAUAGUUCUUCUCGGGAUGUUCAUACUCCCAUCACGCUUAAAACUGGUGGAAGCUACAAUUCAGCAAAUGCAAGCCAAAUGAAAUUUGUAAACCCUUCUAAAGUUACAGAUCAUGAACAACCAGAAUGCAAGGGAGAUCAAGUUGAUAUGGUGGUGAGGCUUGGUUUGCUGAAGUUAGUAAGUGGAGUUUCUGGUCUAACUUCGGGUUCUCUGCCGGAAACCUUUACUCUUAACCUCGCCAGAUUGAGGGGUGUUCAAGCUGAGAUUCAGAAGAUAAUUGUAAUAUCCACGAGCAUUCUUAUUUGUCGGCAAAUUUUCUCGAGCGAGCAAGUUGUAGCUAGCCCUACUGACAUGGAAAGCAUAAUAUUGAUUUGCACCGAGCGGCUCUUGGAGCUCUUAGACCGUGUUGAAGAUGUCGGAAUUGAAGGGAUUGUUGAAGUAAUCAGUGGGUUCUCAAGAGUAACAGACGAGGAUAAGGUUCAAAUGUGGAAAGUUAUGAUGGGGAGGAUGCUAGCAAAGAGCUUGCAAGCUGGGGAUGUGGUGUUUGAAAAGGUAUGGCGUGCUGUUUAUUUAGCUUUUAGAGGGGUUGUGUUUGGGGGGAGUGGUGUCUACGGUAGAAAGUUGGCGGAAAUUGCCCUCCGGCAAGUCGGGGCUGGGACAGGCAGUGGUUUACUGACUGAAAGGGUGGUGAAAGCGGCGGAGGUGUUGGUGGUUGCAGCUACAGUUUCUGUCAACGUCCAUGGGCCUUGGUAUAUAACCUUGAUUGGCGAUAUGUGAUUGUAUUUGUAGAUUUGUGGAAGGAAUAAGAAGAAACAUAAAUACAAUACACACCUGUAAAUAUAAGUGUGUACAAACUAAAACCCUGCACUUAACUGUAGCGUAUCCUGUGUUUUAAUAAAACGUGCUUAAAAAAUCGCUUUAUAUA